AUGCCAUCUAGAAGCGUUGUAGAGACGCAUGUCUCUCAGACGAGCCAUGAUCAGUCGACGAUAGUAUUUCUGGCUGCCGCGGGCUCCCUGAUCUGGUACGUGAUUGUGACCACUGUCACAAUCAUUGGAUGUUCGCAACUAUGGCGGCACUACUCCUCUCCAAGGCCUCGAGCUCCCACGAGUCCCAACGAAAGCCCUGAUGUGACGAUCAUUCGUCCGAUCAAAGGACUCGAACCGCGACUGUACGAUUGCCUGGCCUCGACAUUCCGUCAAGACUACCCAAAGGAGAAGAUUCAUGUUCGAUUCUGUAUAUCAGACCGCGGCGACCCAUCGCUAGGAGUCAUCCUGAAGCUCCUCGAGGACUUUCCAGACCACGAUGCACAGCUACUGGUUGAAGACGAGGAUCAAAUCCUGAAGGACGGCAAGCUGGGCCCAAAUCCAAAGAUUCGAAACAUGAGUCGUGCAUACAGAGAAGCUGUAGGAGACAUCAUCUGGGUCAUUGACUGCAAUGUGUGGGUAGCAAAAGGGGUCUGUGGACGAAUGGUCGCGAAAUUGCAGGGCGAUGGAACACCAUGCAAGAACAAGUUCGUCCACCAGCUGCCUCUUGUAAUCGACAUUAUUGGUGGGGAAGCGAGGAAAGAGUCUCAGGGACUGCUCAACGGCAGCGCUGACGAGGAUGACGACGCUCAAUUGCGGACCACCGGUUCUGCAAGUGCAACAGUCCAGGGUCAUGCCGAACGCACUCCCUCCUCCAUCGGUGGUGGUCGACUUGAAGAAGCGUUCAUGUCAUCCGCUCAUGCCAAGUUUUACAUCGCCAUUAACACCGUCCUCAUCGCGCCAUGUGCUGUGGGCAAAAGCACAAUGUUCCGGAAGAGCCAUCUGAACAGCGUUACGGAUGAUCAAGGGAUCGAUUACUUCAGCGAAAAUAUCUGCGAGGACCACCUCAUUGGCGAUCGUCUGUGGAAGCACAAAGUCACUGAGGAGCGCGAAGGCCAGAAAGUGGGAAAGCACGCCUGUCUGUUCGGAGACAUGGCUAUUCAGCCGAUGGCAAACAUGAGCCUGAAGGAAUAUUGGAGUCGGCGGGUCCGAUGGUUGCGGGUGAGAAAGUACACUGUGACUCUCGCCACUUUCGUGGAGCCCGGCACCGAGAGUUUCCUUUGCUCUGUCUACGGCGCAUUCGCGGCAUCGACAUUGCCCUGGUGUCACAACACACUCGGCAUCCCGCAGACUUGGACUGCUUUUGCUCUCUUAUGGCUACUGAGCGUCACAAUCUGGUGUGGUGUCGAUUGGAUGGUCUAUCAGAAGCUGCACUCUGGUGCAUCGUUCGAGGUGGACGAGGACACGCCGUUCUUUGCGCGGCCGCGGACUAUUGACAAUCAACGAAAAUUUGGAGAAUGGCUUCUGGCAUGGCUCGGGAGAGAGGCGCUGGCAUGUCCCAUCUGGGUCUGGGCGUUCUGGGGAGGCGCGACAGUCGAAUGGCGUGGAAAGAAGUUCUGGGUUGGCAUGGAUAUGAAAGUGCACGCGAUCACGGAUGAAGGCGACGACGCGCUGUCGAAUGAUUCUGCGGACGGCAAAGCUCGGAGAGACUGA